AUGUCACGUCGUAAAGGGUUUGUCAGCCCAUACUGCUGCUUCGUGAGCGAGCAGCUGCCUGAGCUGCAGCGGCGUAGGCUGCCCGUGACCUGUGUCGUCGACGCCAUCCCCUAUUGCUCCCAAGCUUGGGCGAUGCUGACUAAAGAAGAAAAGAUGGCAUAUGCAGAGAAGGCUCAUAAGUUGAGUAGAAAGAAAUGCUCUCAGAAGACAGUGAAAGAGACAUGUGAUCUGGCUCCUCUGGUUCCUGCUUGUCCCACCACAAAGAUGCCCUGUGUGACUUUUCCAGAUGCCUCUGUUAUGUCUUGGAAGAAUGAUCAGGCUGUACUUGCAGACAUUUUCUACUUCCUGAACAUUUACAGCCAUGGCAAGCUGCCAUCCCACUGUGAACAGCGCUUCCUGCCUUGUGAGAUAGGGUGCGUCAAGUACUCCCUGCAGGAUGGCAUAAUGAAUGAUUUCCAUCACUUCAUAGAGCCAGAAGUACCACCACGUGGGUUUCGGUACCACUGCCAGGCUGCUAGUGAUGCCACUCACAAGAUCCCUGUAUCUGGAUUUCAUCUUCCACGUACUUGUUAUGCGGUUGUCUUAUGGGAACUUCUUGAGUUUGUCCAGCCAGCCAGAGGUGUUUGGCCUCGCUUUUACUGCAGGUCUAAUGACAGGUUCCGAAUUAGCUGGUGCCUCAAUCGAAUGGCUAGCAUCACAGGCAUUGAGAGUCACCUGGAGCUCCUUGAUGUAGAGGACCUGGUAAUAGAGCUGCACCAGAAGACAUACCAAAAGAAGCCAUCCAAGACUUGGGUGUGUAGAGAACUGGAUGCCUUCCUGUGGGAUUUCUCCAGUAAUACCAGGUGCAAGUGGCAUGAAGAGAAUGACAUACUCUGCUGUGCUUUGGCAUCCUGUAAGAAGAUUGCUUACUGCAUCAGUAAAACUUUAGCUAGUGCAUAUGGAGUCUCACUGACAGCAGCUCACUUGCCUCUUCAAGAUCUUGAGAAUGGUGAAAGCACAAAUACCAAGAUGGUGAUACUGGAUGCUGGACGUUUUCAGAAUAUGAAGGCUGAGAGUCCUGCCUGCGACAGACAUUUUGCUUCUCCAAGUUGGCAUCAAGAGUUUGUUCCUUCUAAUUGUAAUUCUCCAUGUGGUGUGAAGACCUCCCUUUAUGGAGCAAGCACUGUGCGAGGAAGAGGAAUUACUCGACUGUUGAAAAGUUCAUCUGAUCUAACCAAGUCUUUCAGUAACUGA